AUGAGGAAACAGCCUGCUGUGGUCAUCAUUGCUCGGCACGGCGCUCGUUUGGACCAGGCCGACAGGAAUUGGCAUACCACCGCCGAACAUCCUUAUGACCCUCCUCUAUCGUAUGGCGGCUGGAUUCAAUGUCAGGCUCUGGGCCUCCGGAUUAGCAAUGAGUUGCACCAGUUGGACAAGCAAAAUGAUGAUUCCUCUCAAGAUGGGCCGCGCAAGAAACGCAAAGUCAUUAUCCAUACCUCUCCAUAUUUAAGAUGUGUUCAGACCGCCAUUGCUAUCAGCGCAGGCAUCCAACACCCUCAGAAUCACACUCGGCUUCGCAUGAGAUCUCGUCGACGUUCGUCCCGAUCCACCAUCUCACCUUCUGAAGAAGUGCCGGAGGCAACUACCGAGUCUCCUGAGGCCGAUCAGUCCACUCUCCAGCGCGCCACCCGUAACGAGCUGCAUAAUACGAAUUGCUUGGGAUACAAUACUUGCCUUCUGAGGAUUGAUGCCGUUCUGGGAGAGUGGCUCUCUCCCAGUUAUUUCGAGCAUAGUUCUCGUCCGCCUCCCUCGGCUGACCUCGUCUCCGAAGCCAAAGCGAGCUUGCUGAAACCCCAAGAGGAGAUCGUAGGCGCCGAUCUCUCUGCGUCGGUGAAUUAUGAUAUGCCACCGGUGAAUGGGGAAGAGAAGGAAAGCGAGCCCAGCGCGACACCACCAGCCCACGAGAUGACCGGUUUGAAGGCUAUGGCCGCCGUGGGACAUUCCCUUCCGAAACGGCCACGAAACCUCUCCUUCGGUGCUGAGUUGGCCAACGGUGGUCGACUCUUGAACAAGGCUAUUCACCGACAACCUGUCGGCUACAACCCUCCCAUCCCGAUGUACGCCAUUGGUCCUUCGGACAAGAUUCCGCCAGGGUACGUGGCGCAUGCUCGUGAUUUGUCGGCGGACGUCGAUCAGGAUUGGGACAGUCAGAAGGAGCCUCUCAACUGGGGUGAUGGGGGUCCCUUCGACGAGGAAUGGGGUAGUAUGCAUCGACGAUUUCGGAAUGGGCUUCAGAAAAUGAUUGCUUAUUAUGAGACACAGGCGGCGGCAAAAGAAUCCCCAUCUCCUGAAACCGAAGCCGAUGAGGAUAUCGUUCUCAUCUUGGUUACCCACCAAGCUGGCUGCAAUGCUCUCAUCAGGCUUCUCACCGGAGCUCCUGCAUUACAUGACGUGGGACCUGCUUCAUUGACUCUGGCGGUGAGGAAACAAGAUCCGCCCAACUCUUUGACACCAAUGUCUCCAACGCGUCGAAGAGGGUCCCUGGAUUUAGCCAUUUCAGAUGAUUAUGAGAUGAAGAUCGUGGCCUCAACGGAACAUCUUCGUGCUUCCUCCAAUCCCUUGGGAUGGAAUUCGCCACGACCGGGGCAAUCCCCAGUAUUUGCAAGUCGUCGUGCCGUAGCGGCCGAAUCACCGGAAGGGUUCAGUUUAGGAGAAUCUCUCUCCGGACGAGUAUCCUCGACUUUGAUGGCGGCUCGAAGCGUGAGUCAGAGAUCAUUUGCCGCGGAUGCCGCUAAUCUCACUGAACCUCCGACCGGACUCUGGCGGCGAGGAAGUCGAUAUUCGCGAGAUGAGGCAGCAGAUUCGAGUGAUGCUGGAAUCACCUCCAGUGCCCGUAGCGGUGCGACGUCCGACAGCAUUUCAGAAGAGCUCUGGGGAGCCAGUUCCAGCGGAUCGAAAGCUGACAGCCACCUUCUUCUACCUGUUCGAAGUGCGAGCCAACGAGGACUCUGGGGUGGUGAGUCGAUCAAAAGGGAGAGAAGUCCAGGUAAGAGAAGAUGGACUGCUGUUGAAAGAUCCCCUUGA